AAAAGUUAACGGUUGUUGUUGUAGAGCUAGCUUCAGCUAUGUGACCUUGGAGAGGGGAACAUGGCAAGCAGAAAACUGACAACUGGACUAACAGGCCUAGCUGUGGCCAAACAUCCCCAGCAGACACUUAAAGUGUUGUAUGAAAAGAUACUGCACACUUUACGUAAGAUUCCAGAGAAUAGUGGUUACAGGAAAUACACUGAACAGAUUGUUAAUGAGAAGCUGUCUAUUGUAAAAUCAGAAGCAUGUGCGAUGACACUUGAGAAAAAGCUGAAUGCAGGACAGAUAGAGGAAGUCAUCCUUCAGGCAGAGCGAGAACUCAUGCUGUCCAGAAAGAUGCUUCAAUGGAAGGUUUGGGAGCCCCUCAUAGCUCAGGCUCCUCCCAAGCAGUGGAAAUGGCCCCUGUGAUUUAACAGUUAUCCUAAGACUAGUGGUUCUUUUUUCUCCGUUUUCAGUUUUUAUAUGUGUGUAAAGUGAGACAGAAAUUUUUUGUCAUUUUCUUGGCAUCUCAGAGCCAACAUGUUGACUAUCAGUCGUCUGUCACAGUAGGAUGUAGAAACAGUAGCAAAUUAAAAAAAAGUGGCAUUUUAUGACAUCAGUUA